UUCAAUUUUUCGUUUCUCUCUCCAUAAAGUUCUAGAGAGAUAUAAGAUAUAAAGCGGGAAAGUUGAAGAAGGACUUCCAGAGCACGAAAGACGGUGCGGUACUGUAGUGUAACGAACUAUACUAUUGUAGUCACGUCAAAUUCACUUUCGUUUCUUCGUUCUUCAAUGUCAAUGGAGCGUUUGGCUAGGUCAGCUCGAGGGUGGCGUUGGUAUUGGCGUUCGUUCUCCUCUUUUCAAACCCUAACUUCUCGCUCCUCACGUCUUUCUACACAUCCCAAAUUUGCGUCUUCUUGGUUUUCCUCGCCCGAUGUUUCCAUGUCCAGAGUCUUGUCCGAGGAUUAUUCAUGGCUUCCGGUCUUCUUUGCUGGUGUUUUUGGAUCUGGAUUGGUGGGAGUGGCUUAUGCGGAUAAUGGUGCUGUGGAUAUCCAAGAAAGAGCCAAGAAGGAACGCGAGCGAAUUGAGGAGUUGAUUAGAAGUAGGGGAAUUCGAUACGGUUCUUAUCCUUUAUUUUCUGUAGCCGUUAAAGGCCAGAAGAAAAUAAAAAGAAAGAAGUCACAACCACUAUGCUCUAGUUUUGAUGAUGCAAUCUUCAAGUUCUGUUACUAUAAUAGAAAUAAAAACUAUCUGAUGGUGGAGUUACAAUUAUAGGUCAGUGUUAAGUUUCAAAUUCCUCAUGGUUGUGAUAUUUCACAACUUAUUGCAAGUCUUACUGCACAUCUUGGGACGAAGGCUGAAGGCCAUGGAGGUGGUUCAGACAUGUUGUUACGAGCUUGGAACAGCCCAGUUGCUUGGCAACUUACCCUUUCUAAUCCAUCAGAACAAAAACAUAUUCCAGAGAAUGGCAUUGACAUGUCAUCGAAAGAUAUAAAUACAGAAGAUACAGAUCUAUGUAUACUCAUAUUUCAUUCUCUCGUUGGCUCAGAUAAGGCUGAAAUUGAAUUCAUUAAGCAAGGGGAAUUGAGUCCUGAAGAGCUUGAUGCUUUCAUCUCUGUUUUACAAUUAGCCGGUAACAAGUUGGGACAAAAAAGCACCCUGGAAAGAAAACCAAGGGAAGAGACUGAAAAGGUGCCAUCUGUAGAUAAAUCUAUUUCUGAUCUUGAGGGUAUGGGAGUGAGAAUUUAUGGACUUGAUGAACCCGUAGGUAUAUUGAAAGAUGCUGAGAUAUCAUGGGACAACAUUGCUGGUUAUGAACAUCAAAAACGAUUAAUAGAAGAUACAAUACUAUUGGCAUUGCAUAGUCCUGAAGUAUACGAUGAUAUUGCCCGAGGGACUCGUCAUAAGUUUGAGUCAAACAGACCUCGAGCUGUGCUAUUUGAAGGUCCACCUGGUACAGGGAAAACAUCCUGUGCUCGUGUUAUUGCCAAUCAAGCGGGUGUCCCUUUACUAUAUGUUCCACUUGAGGCAAUAAUGUCCGAGUUCUAUGGUAAAAGUGAACGUCUUCUAGGGAAAGUGUUUUCGCUGGCAAACAAUCUUCCAAAUGGUGCUAUUAUAUUUCUGGAUGAGAUUGAUUCUUUUGCUGCUGCACGUGACAAUGAAAUGCAUGAAGCUACACGUAGAAUAUUGUCAGUCUUGUUGAGACAGAUAGAUGGCUUUGAGCAGGAUAAGAAAGUAGUAGUCAUUGCUGCCACAAAUAGAAAGGAAGACCUUGAUCCCGCAUUAAUCAGUCGGUUUGAUAGUAUGAUCGCUUUUGGCUUACCUGAUCAUCGGAAUCGUCAGGAAAUAGCAUCCAAAUAUGCAAAGCACCUGUCCAAACACGAACUAGAAGAAUUUGCAAGAGUUACAGAAGAUAUGUCUGGAAGAGAUAUCAGAGAUGUUUGUCAGCAAGCAGAACGAUCGUGGGCGUCAAAGAUUAUUCGAGGACAAGUGCCUAAAGAGGGGGAAAAAGCGAAGCUUCCAGCUCUUCAAGAAUACAUAAAAUGCGCCGAGAGUCGACAGGAGGCGCUGCGUAGUGCUGCCGCAAACAGGAAGGUUCCAACCUCUUCCCAUCCCAAGAUACUAUACUAAGCGACUGAGACCUUUUUUUACGCUACAAAAUACAAAUGUUUGUCUGUCUGUUCAUUAUUCAAUAGAGUCGCUGGAUUUGAUUGGUUUCGCAUGGUAAAAAUAGAAACCAGAGAAUAUAAAAGUAAGUGUCACUAGCAUUUUCUCUUCUAUUUUCUUUGAAAGGGAGCAUUAGAAUUCUUUGUUUGACUGUGAUCUUAAUUUAUUGGGAUAGAAAACUGGUUUACCUAGUGAAAUUCUGACCUUUUUUUCCUUUUCCUC